AUGCCUAAGAAAGAGAAAUGGAGUAUGUCAAAAAUGUUAACACCACCAACUUCUUCUGCCUCUGACUUGUGGUGUAGAGAAAAAGGGUUCAUUCUGGAUUGUAUCGCAGUGGACAGCCUAGCCAGAGGGGCCAGCAGCUUCUUGCCAAACCUGAAUAGUGUCAUUCCUCCUUACAAUCCUCAGAAGGACCAACACCUAGUUAACUAUUUUGCAGCCAAGGCUUCAUCUCGGCAUCACCGGGGAAGAGAUUCAUGGUCUAAAGGGGUAAUGGCCCAGGAGGAGGAAGAGGGGAGAGAAGACAUGGGACCAAUGGCCCAAUACUUGAUGAGGAGGAACAGAGCAGGGGCAGGUCAUUCUAUGGAGGAGAUACAAGGACAUGACUUUCUAUUUUCUUCUCUCAAACCAACUCUUGGAUACAAUGGUCCUUAUGGAUACAGGAGAAAUUGCCCAAAUUUACGCAAGGUCCCUGCUACUUUUGGGAUAUUAACUCACCUGCCAAUUCAUUAG